UGUUUGCGGAGACGAAGAAAAUAGUAUUUUAUAUUAAGUAUUUUACUAAAAACAAACCUGUUCCACUGAGCAUGGAGGAGUCGAGUUAAAUAGUUGAGUCAAACAGACGCGUUUCAGCAUAAUAUUGAUCAGCAUGGCCGAGCAGAAGCUGCUGUUUAUAGAUAUUGACCCAAAGCCAAACAGCUCUGCUCCUCCUGAGGCCCGAGCUGACCAACCCCUCUGCACCCGAAGUGACAACACCUUCAGAUUCAACUUCCUCUCUGACAAUUGUCCACGACUUAAGGAGACAAAACCUCCGCUGGACUGGACCAAGCCAGCACAGAGCCAGAUAUCCUUCACCAGGGAGGGCUCAGCGUUUGCCUUCAACUUCCACAUCCCUGCUGCUUCACCCGUGGAAGACAUGGAGACCACAGAGACCCCAGACACAUGUGCAACCGAAGGGAAAGAAGAAAGUACUUCCUCCUCGCUGCAGGAUGACGUUAACUCUCCACCUGAGCUGUCGGAUCAAUCCAAAGCAAAGAAGAAGAAAAAGAAAUCUGGAAAGAGCAAAGUCUCACAUGACACAGAGUCACAACAGAAGCCAGCAGAGGGGAGUCAAGGAGAUGACCACACAGAGCUGAGUGCGGAAGAGCAGCUGAAUCGGCAGCUUGAUUGGUGCAUGGAGCAGCUGGAGCUGGGCAUGAAAUCUCAGAAGGGCACGCCGAAACAGAAGGAGGAGGCCGCUCGUGCCUUGAAGACUCUACGUAGCUCCAAAGCUCCUCUGGUUAAGAAGAGGCAGGUGAUGAGAGCCAUGACGGGAGAGUACAGGAAAAAAAUAGAAGAAGAGAAAAACAAGCAGUUCAAACUCAUUCAGAGUGAAAUUGCUUCAGCUCAAGUCAAAGUUGUAUCAGAUUCUCCAAAGAAGGCCGUUGUCCACCGGAUCGCUCACGUCAAAAUGCAGAACACAAAGGACAAUAACCUGCAGCAAGCUGAAGCCCAGGAUGCAGACAAGACACCAGAGACUCAGGAGGGGACAUCGACUCUCGUCUUUACACCGUCAAAGGAAGAGUUCCGCUUUAAUUUUUUCUGACUCUUAACUGAACAAGUUAUUUUAGUCUGGACUGAAUCUGAUCUGAGCUGGACGAUUGUUGCUUUGAUGAUAUUGCUGAAUAAAUGUUUUUGUUUUGUUUACAUUUUUGUCCAUUAAAGGUUGCCAUUGAUGA